AUGAUCGGUAACUCGUUUGCUUCUCUCGCAGGGGAGAAAGAGACCCUCCUGCCUGAGAGAUACCUGGAUCUUAAGCGUGAAAUCAUCGGCGAUAAGUCCAAUCAAGACGCUCUCACUGCAGCUUGGGCACGAUUGACUGCUCGUCUUGCCGAGCUGUCUGAUGAAAUUGAAGAGAAGCAGCAACGCACCAUCCCGGAAGCAAACUACCACGAGCUCGUCGAGAAUCCCUCAUUUGAGCUUGUCCAACGAAUCAGGCAGUGCGGGUCUGUAGUGAUUCGCAAGACUGUUUCCCAAGAACAGGUCAGCAACCCGGACUUCCAUCCUAAGACUACUCGCUGA